AUGCGCGACUACCAAGCAUCGUUUCAGGUGGCUGUCAUCUUCGCUAUUCUCCUCGGUGGUUUAUUACUACUGGCUCUUGUCAUUGGAGGCAUCUACUUUGUCUGUGUGAAUAAUAUGCGCGACAGUGACCAAAAAACGGCUUCAUUCGGGCGGGGCGGAAUUCAUCAGCGGCAUGGCCGCCACCCCAGGCGCCAUCCUACACUGCGCCAUAUCGUGAGGGACCUACCACCACGGCCGUGCUCACUUCACCUACUCCUGUGCAGAGUUAUGACUGCUGAGUCGCCAGCACAGGGUUCUACUCAGUACAUGACACGACCGCAGUACUCAACUCAGGUGCCACUCGUUACGCCGACCCGAGUCGAGGAGUUCGGACCGAGUGUCCACUACCGACCACUUCAACCCGAUGUCAUCUACACUCAGGGACCAUCCGGUUACAUACAGAGCACACCAGUCGAAUACACCGUGACGAGUCUUCCCUCAUAUCAUCAAUCGUCCGUCUGA